AAUCGAGUUUAUAUGAUUUAUUAAAGGAAAGGAGCAUGUUUAUAAGAUAGUUUAUGAUAUUUAUAUGGUUCCUUUCGUUUUGGAUCAAUUUUGAUUUCUCUAAAAUAUUUUGAUAAAAGUAGUGCACUACUGGGCUAGGGAUUCAGUUUUCGUGACCGAAUGGGCUUUUAGCAAAUAAAAAAAAUAAGAACCAGGAAUGGGCUUUACGUUGUUCCACAAUGGCUACCCAAACAUAACAAGCUCGAUCGGCCUGCAAACUACUUUUAUAUAAACUUAACUCCCUUGGCGGCACUCCCCAAACCCUAAUCUUCACUCUGCUCUCGCUGAUAGCCUUCCAGCGUCUACAUCUCUGCAACCGCAUCUCUGCAACCGGCUGGGUAAGAUCAAUCUCUUCCUGCACCAUUGAAUUUCUUUUAUUCGUUUUUUAAUAUCUGAUCGGAUCAAUUGGUUGGCGUUAGGUAUUGCUGUUUGAGUUUCUGAGGCUAUUUUACUGUUUCUGUAUCGCGCAGUAGCUAUACACUUAAAAAAUUUCUAGCAAUGGCGGUUGCAUUCCAUGCUCUCAACACACCAGCUGGCCUCAAGAAACUCGAUGAGUACCUUCUCACUCGCAGUUACAUCACUGGAUAUCAAGCUUCUAAAGACGAUAUUACCGUCUACUCAGCAAUUCCCAGCGCCCCAUCAUCUGAUUUGGUCAACCUCACUAGGUGGUUCAAGCACAUCGAUGCGCUUUUGAGGAUUUCUGGUGUUACUGGAGAAGGGUCUGGAGUUACCAUUGUGGGAUUUGCUCCUGUUUCUGAAGCAGUUGCAACUCCUCCUACCGGUGACACCAAGGCUGCCGCUGCUGCUGACGAUGAUGAUGAUGAUGUGGAUCUGUUUGGUGAAGAGACUGAAGAGGAGAAGAAGGCUGCAGAAGAGCGUGCAGCUUCUGUUAAGGCAUCUUCUAAAAAGAAAGAGUCUGGCAAGUCUUCUGUUCUAAUGGAUGUUAAGCCGUGGGAUGAUGAGACUGACAUGAAAAAGCUUGAGGAAGCAGUCAGAAGUGUUGAGAUGGAAGGACUAUUCUGGGGAGCAUCCAAGCUUGUAGCGGUUGGGUAUGGUAUUAAGAAAUUGCAGAUCAUGCUUACUAUUGUGGAUGACCUAGUGUCAGUUGAUACACUCAUUGAAGAACGGUUGACUGUGGAGCCUAUCAAUGAAUAUGUCCAGAGCUGUGACAUUGUUGCCUUCAACAAGAUCUGUGAGUACACUGCCUGUGCUGAUACACAUUCAUAUCACUUGAGGAUUGCUCAUUUGUUCCAACAAGUGCUGGUUCUCAUUUUUGUCGUCCUAAUGUUGUUUGCAGAAAGAGGGGUGGAUGUCGAUGAUACCGGAGGGUGCAUUUGGAAAGGUUUGAAGCGGUGGUUCUGCCUCCUGUAUGCUCUUUUCCGUUUCCAUAUCUUGUUAUGAGAAGUGAAUUGCCAGUUGCCUUAUUUGAACUAUAGCCAGUUGCCUUGUAACUCCUUUACUUUUGUUCAAUCAUUCUUGGAGUCUUGGAGAGAGAAUCAUUAUGUGUAGUUGUGCUUGUGUCGUCUAUUGAGACGUCUUUUCUUGAGGCGUUUUCGUGGUAUAGUCGUAGGUCAGAAGCGUAAGUGCAAAUAAGCCAUGCCAUGAUAGUGUUUGCUGCACUGGAAAUAUUUGACCCUACAUAUGUGACUUGUUAGUUGAUAUUAACCUAAGCAGGCUUGUUAAGUUUUAGAGUAAUACAAUAUAUUAGUUAUAACUAAUAUGUUAAUUAUAACUAUUAAGCAUCGGGAUGUUAUAGUCACAACUAUAAUAAUAUGAAAUUAGCCAU